AGACACUGCAGAAGAGCUAAAUUCAGAAAAUUUGGGUGAAACCACUCUGUUGUCAAAACUUCACAAUGAUCUUACUAACAAGUCGGAUAUCAGUCCUUAUGGCAUUUCUUCUUCUCUUACAUUACUGGAAAGCAAAGGUCAAUGCUUCUGGAAACCCUGAGGAGGAAAUGGAUUUCACAUAUGUUAUUAUAGGAGCUACUCUGGGAGCAUUACUAGCAAUUGGUUUUGUAGCAGUAAUAAUCUGCAUGAUCAAAAAACAAAUGAUUAACAAUGUCUUUGGAGAGUCAGAUGGAAAAAUGGAUAGAAGGUCAAACAUGGGAUCAAGCCAAAACAGAGAUGACAUCAAUGUACUAGAAAAACGAAGUGCAAAUGAUCAAUAAUCCUUUUGCAAUUGACAGUUACCUGGUCUGAGGAUCAAUAGAAGUCUCUUGUGCACAGGCAGGAAUCUCACCAAUACCAUUUCCUCUCUUUGUUCUUUAAUUGAAAGACUGAUUGAUUGAUUGAUUACAGGAAGAGCUUACAGUGCAUGCUAACUUCAAUCAUCUGCACACAAAAAGCUUGCAAUCCUCAACAGCAUGUAUAUGAAGAAAAUAUAUGAGGAAAAUACAAUAUAUGAGUUCUGCUCAUGAAUAAAUCCUGUUCAGUCUGUGAUAAGUAUAUGAUUGACUUCUAAAUUCAAUUAAAUAUAAGGUAAUCAAAAAGGUAGCAAUACAUUUCAGCAGCAGAAUUCAUGGUCAUGCCCAUAUUUCCAGUUAGGCAAAUAAUGACUGAAAUAACUUUAAAAAUCAUUAGUCUGAGUUUGAAAUAAAACUAGGCUUCUGAAGUUUUUCAGGAAAUACACAUUUUGUGUUAAUAUGAAAACAUUUCAUUCACACUAAAGUUAUAUCUGUUUUUUUAGCAUUAGGACUGAUGUGUUUUGUUUAACUGUGGGUGAUAAUGCUAAUUUCAGCUAUUUGAAAUUAACUACGGUCAUUUAAAAUGAAAAAUUCCUUUUUGAAAUAAUGUUUUUUAUGGUUUGUUUUUAGAACACUGACAAGAAAACAAUCUUCUGUAUUAAAAAAGAAAGUUUCUGGACUUCUGAAACAAAACAUUUCAUGUCAACAUUCUAUAACAAACUAAUCUGACAUUUUCAAAAUUCACCCAUCCCUGUUUUUUUAGUAUAAAACAAUGCACUAAAUUCAAUCAGAAUUUGUGAAUAAUUUCAGUCUCCCAUCCCCUUCAUUCUUGUUCUAGCCUUACAUAUUCUGUUGAAUUUGAUUUCAUAAAAAUUGCUUUGCCUGGGUCCAAUUGCAAGCUUCUCACAGUAGGAGUGAUAAUCAGAAAACAUAGAACUUUGUCUCAGAACAUUUAGAAUAGUUUAAAUAAUUUUAAAGGUUUUAAACCAAAGUUAUUCUGUAAACACAUCCCAGCUUUUACCAAAGCUGUGAGCUUGUGGUUUUGGUCUCAGUUGAGAAAAUAAUUCUAUAGAUUCUACUCCGUUUGUUUAAAUCCACUUCUUUCAAGAAUGCUUUACUAUAACAAGUAUUGUCAUCACAAAGUGCAAGAAAGGCAGGAAGAUUUUUGUAUUUCAAGCCAGGCUUUCCUUUCAGCUUGAGAAGACAUGGCAGCACAUGUCAGCUGCGGGAGCGCUGGGAGCACUUGGCUAGCAGCAAUGCUAUUCUGGGCGUCCUCUGCUAUUUCUACAGCUCCUCGCAGGAUACCCAGCAGAACUCAAAGCUUGAGAGCCUCAGGUAGAUGGCACACACAACAUUAAGUAAUAUCACAAUAUUUAACAGGCAUAGCCAUUAUGUCACAGUGUUACAGAAUGACUCCAAUCAGGAUGUUACUUUAUUUUAUUGCAGCUUACAAAUAACCACUAACCAGAUCCAAAGACCACAAACUGUAAAUAGAUUGGAUCUGACUAAAUUUAGCUCAGGCUGAUGUCUAUAGACAUAUGGAUUUUUUAAUCUCUCAUCUAGCAUGCAUUCCUAAAACUAACUUUUAAGCCAGUGUCUGCUCUUAGUUAUGCCAUGUGGCAGAUCAUAAUAAAUGAAGUUCUUCCCAGUUCUUCACUACUGUAAUAUAGCAGAAAUUGUUCAAGUUAAAAAAAAAAAAAAAGGCAAAUGUCAGACUGAAGUCCAACCUAUAAAUUCUGUGUAUUAUUAAGAAAUAUCACUCAAAAAAAUCAUGGAAGCCAGGGUGUCCCAUCCAAUAAUCAACUUUCAGAGUGUAAAGAGCUGCAAUUAACCCCACACAUUAAAGGCAGAGUUGAUGUGCUGAGUCAGUGACUUUGAGUUAACACAUUGUCAGAGAGUAAGAGCAGAUAUAUCAGAAUUUUGUUUCUAUGAAGAAUAAGCUACUGUACUACUUGUAACUGUAACUGAAAGGAUUUGAAUAUCUGAAUAUUACCUUAGCUAAGUAGGCAAUUUUCUGAAUGUGCAAAGUAAACUGGAUGGUAAUUUUUCUGCACAUUUUAAACAACAAAAUGUAAGUUUUAUUUUCACAGUAAAUUGACAUAUUGGAAUAAUUUCCCUAGAUUGCUAGGUGUCUGUUACCCAGUUUAGUAACACCGGAGUUCAUUAGAGGCAUUUGCUAAUGGAUAAGCUAAAGCAGUAAUGUGAUACUUGUAAGUAAUUGUGUAUGUGUGCGUGUGUACACGUGUAAGAGAAUAAACCGUCUUGUAAGGUA